AUAUUCUCUGCUGGAUUGACCGCGUUUUUCCGGUGCAUUCUCAUCGUGGAACACAAGUAUGCUGGUAUUGUCAGACCGAUUAUAAUAUGUAUUAACAAACGCGCCAAACCCUGAACUCCACGAUCACCGGAAUAUAUUUACUAAACAGUACGUUACGUUAUAUGCAUGUCAAUCACCAUAAAAAAGCGGUGCGAAAGAACUGUCUAUCUUAAUCGCGCACUCGACCGUGGAUUCGUCCGUCGGCUGAAUGCGAUCCCCGAAAUAGUCAUUGCCUGCUAUCGUUACGAUACGUUCAACAUCGAGGAAGUGGUGUUCGUUGUUGCGGCGAGUUCUUCCUGAAAUGACAAAGGAUCCACCGACAGGAAGCGUUGCUAAAACAUCAUCGGAAAUUUGAAAUCUGACUAAUAUAACCGAGUGUCUGGAGGAAAGAACGUGCAGAAAGUGUGAUGAGGGAGCUUUUAAACGAAAAGAUAAAAAAGGAAAUCUAGAAAGUCUAGUUUCACCGUGCGAAGAAGCUGCCAAAUUCAAAAGUAUGCACGAGUACUAUCGACGGUGAGAUUUUAUGUGCAGAUAUAUCGCGUAUGCUGAAUAUGGGAGCGACCCUACUCGCAGUAAUACUCAUUGCAGCAUUGUCUGCAACUGCGAAUAAUAUCAGCGAACAAUGCCAAGUUCACAAUGAAAGGAGGAUUACGUGUAGUUGUAUCGGAAACGAGGAAUUUUAUCUACCAGAAGAAUACAAUUACAGGAAUAUUACCAGCGUGUCUGUCACAGGAUGCGUUUCAGCGAACCUUCAUUACUCCAGUUUUCCGGAGGCGAACGAUCUCGAGGAGGUAAUAGUUCAGAACAUCAGCGGCAGCCUGAACUUUGACGUCUUCUUUGCGUCAAACCGCAUGAAACUGCUGAAGCUCUCGAACAUCGGCCGGAUACCGAGGAUAACGAACCACACGUUCACGAACUUGAAAGCUAUCGAUACGCUCGCGAUCGAGGACGCGCUCAUCGAGAACCUCGAAGAAGAGUUCGCCUACAUAAACAUCUCGCAUUUCAUCAUGAUGAACGUUACGAUCGAGCGAGUGUACCAGCUGAACGUUGAGAGGGGCACGACGUUGCGUAUAGUGAACAGCGAGCUGCGUAACGUCAUAAAGAACUUGAACUUCGCCAAUUUCGUCAACAUCGAGAUUGUCGGCUCGAAAUUCGAAAUGCAGAAAUGGGGACUAAUGUCCAUCCAAGGCGACGUCGCCAUCGUGAGGAGCAACAUUUUCUCGAACGUGAGCAUGAAUCUGGUCACCGCGACCGCCAUCGUGAUAAACGGCAUUUGCGCGGACGGCAAGAGCAGUCUGAGGCUCAGUUCGAAGAGCAUCAACAGCACCGACAACAGACUGCCGAAUGAAAUAGCCUAUCUGGGAGGCGAUCAGCAUGGAGAACCCUUCGCAAUUCGAAAUAAUACGGUCUGCAAAGCGGGCAAUUGCAAAUGUUCAAUGAACAGCGGACAGGCUCCGUAUCGAGCGGCCAUCCUAAUAUACAUUUUCUUGUUAACAGGGUCCAUAAUUAUACGCUAUAUUUGAUACCUUCACUAUGCGGCAUUACACGAUCUUGUAAUCUGAUUAAAAACCUACUUGUGAAAAAUCAAUUUUGACUUAAUAUAGAAAUAUAAGCUAAUGAACAAGAUGUAAAAUAAUUCUGAGAAUUUAUAGACACUGAAUCAUUUCAUGCGAUUACAUUGGCUUAGCGAUAAAGUAGUUGCUUGUCAAACGAGAAACACGGAUUUGUUUCCCGAUCCUGCCAUUUCACAUAUAAUACAAAGAAUUUUAUAUAAAAAAAUGUGUUACAAAGUGUUGAAGUGCUACAAAGAAACAGUUGAUAAUAACACUGGAUCAUUAAAUUAUAAUACUUGCGUUUUAUGAAGAACAGAAAAUCGAAUAAUAAGAAUUGCAUUGUAAUACUAUAACCGUUUUCCUUCAUAGGCUAUACAGAAAAAAACAUAAAAUUUAUCGAAUUUUUAAGUUAUUUCCUCAUUACAUUCGGUUCUCCGAUCUAUUAUUUUUUUAACUAUUAGUUGUAUUCUUAUCAUUCUUUCAAAAAUGUAAUUAUGUAUUCAUAUAAUUGCAAUUACAAGUGUAAAAAGGAUAUACAAAGAUAGCGAAAGAGAAUAGAUCUAUGUUAAAAACGUGAAAUGUAUAUAUUAAUUAGGGAAAGCACCUUUAUUUCAUUCAAAAAUCUUAAACAAAAGCUUUUUAAUGCGCUUAACACAUAACAAAACUUAUUCAAAAUACAUAAAACUCUCUGCUUACAAAGGACAAGAUUGUUACAAAACUCCAUACUGCUGUAUUAUUACAAAUAUAUCUCUAGCAAUUGCUCUA